UCGUUUUGUCCCGUGCGGUCCCAUCAAGAAAGCGGCACAAUACUCCCCGGGUCGCUCCUCUAUCGGUCCCCUCAACGACGGCGGCGGCGAGGGCGGUGAUAGGGAGAGAGAGGAUGUGGUGCCAGUCUUGCCGAGAGGAGUACGAGGAGGGUGACGCGGGGACGUGCAAGGAGUGCUACGAGGAGGCCAGCGAGACGGAGGAGGAGCUCAAGCGGGAGAUCGAGGAUCUCAAGGCCAAGAUCACCUUUCUCCGCCUAUGCUCCCCCCUCGACGGCGCCUACUCCUCCUCCUGCUCGUCCACCGACCUCCUUCUCCUCCACGCCGCCCCUCUCGAGUGUUCCUCCGCCGCCUUCUGCCCUUCGCCCGCGGUUCCUGCCCACCGCGCCGUCCUAAUCAGUAGGUCCCCUGUUUUCAGGGCAAUGCUGGAGAAUGAGAUGGAAGAGAGUAGGAGUGGCAUGAUUAAGAUCCACGACGUCUCAUAUGAUGUUCUUCGGUACUUUGUCCACUUCUUGUACACUGCAGAAGUGCUCCUUGAUGAGCAGCUGGCAUGUGACCUUCUGGUCUUGGCAGAAAAAUACCAGGUGAAGCAUCUCAAGGCCUUCUGUGAGAAGUUCAUGACAUCGAAGGUGAAUAAUGAUAACGCCAUCGCACAUUAUGCCUUUGCUCAUCGGCACAAUGCCAAGCAACUGCUUGAGGCCGCUCUAUCCCUAAUCAUGGACAACAUGGCCACCCUAACUGAACGAGAAGAGUACAAGGAGCUUGUGGAGAAGGACCCGCGGCUUGUAGUGGAGAUCUAUGAAGCCUACCUAACCCGGCAGGUCAAUACUGCUGCCGUUGCCAAGGAUUUCAUUUUGCCGCCAUAGAAAUAAAACGAGCGAGCAAGAAGACUGUGUGCCGUACAUAUACGCUCUAUUUUAAUGGUAAGGAAUGUGGAUGAUGAAUAUACUAAAGAACUUGGGCAUUUUUGUGUUAAUUCUUUUAUGUGCAUUCUUGUGAUUUUAUAUCCUUGUUAGGUCUAAUUUUGUAAUCCAACUAAAUUGCAACCAUGAAUCUAUGGCUUCUGACCUUUGUUUUCUC